CUUUCCGUUUCCCGAGGUGUAUUUACGGCAAACCAACGGUUCUUUAAUAUAGUACCGAAUAUAAUUGGCGACGCCAUCAACAAGAAGCAGAAGGGAAGAAACAAUGGAGGGAGGAUGAUGAUGGGAGUACUUUACUGACAUGAUGGAGGAUUGUUUUAUUCUUGAUUUUAACCCUUUUGAUUCGAUGAACAUUGCCAAGCUCUCCUUCACCAUCCAGGACGCCCAUGAUGAUGAUGAUGAUGAUGAUGAUCUCACUGUCGUCGCUGAGAAGGGCAAGGUUGCUUGUAGAGAUUAUCCACAUUCAAGGCAUCUUUGUCUGCGAUUUCCCUUUGAUAAAACACCUCAUGAGAAGCACUGUUACCUGUGUUACUGUUAUGUUUGUGAUUCAGUGGCGCCCUGUGAGUUUUGGACGAUACAUUGUCAUGCAUCAGAGCAUGUUGAGGAUUGGAAGUCCCAAAGGGAAUUGAUGAGACUGAAAAUUCGGCGUCAAAUUGGCUUCUAA